UUUGGAGUCUAAACAACCAAAUAGAUGAGCGUAAAAGUAGAUGAAGUCAAGUAUUACAUUUACUUAGAACAUAUUAUAAUGUAUUUUUAAUCUGGUCUAACAUAUCUGUAUCUUCAAUUCACUCGAGACUUAAUGUCUUCUUGAGCGCUGUCAAUUAUGUCAAAAACACAGAGUUCUAGAAUUUAGGCUUUAGUGUAAACGGUAAACCGUUAUUUGAUUUAAGUUAUAACAUAAAUGAUGAGUGUUUAAACUUUGUAAACAUGUUUUAUUUUAGUGUCAUAAUCAUAAACAUUUAGAGAAUUCUGACAGCUCGUAUACAAUUGAUACGCCAUAAUAAAUAAUUAUUAUAACUAUUGAAAUAAACUAAUACUGAUUUUGAAUACAUUUGUCACAAUGGACGAUUAUAUUGAUAUGACUUCUCAUUUAGAUGCCCGAGAAAUACUGAGGUACUUGAACUAUUUAGGUAUACAUAAUAUAAGCGGUGAAGUGCUAAAAUAUUUUAUGACAGAUCUUAAAAAGCUUAUUAAAUAUGAUAUGCAACAUAAAAGACUUUCUCCUACUAGUAGUGAUAAGCAAGAAGGUCCAGAAAGAUUGCAUAGUGCUAGUACUUUUUCUUCACGAAGCCGGUCUAAAGCUUAUACUGGGAAGUACUUAUAUUGUACUAAAGGGUUUGACGGGCCUCGAAAGCCUCUAUCUGUUAGACUUGUGCAAUCAGCACCAACUUUGGCACAAAAGGUUGAAACAAAACCAGCACAAAGAUCAUGUUCAUGUGUCAGGAUAGAAAAGAAACCUGGAAGCAUUAAAGAAUCUUCUAAACCAACAACUACUUUAUCUGAUAAUUUAAUAAAAGUUCCUAAAGCAAGACCAAAAAAGAAAUGUGAUCCAGUAUCUUUGUAUCAUUACUAUUCAUCAUUAUGGGAAAAAUAUAAACCCAAUGUACCUGGUGAAAAUGACUGGUCUGAAAUAAGGUGGAGGAUUAGACAGAAAAUGGUUGGAGUGGAGUCUAAUCCUUGUAGUAAAGUUGUUCAUAAAGUUCAAGACAGACAUAUCCAAAAAGAAAACAAGAGGUGACCUAAACACAAUUAUCAUUAUUAUAAUAAAAUGACAAUUAUCACAUAAUGUAAAUGUGAAGCAAAACAAUGUUUGUAAAUUAAAAAUAUUUUUCACCUUUUAAAUCAUAAACAGUAUAAAAAUACAUAUUUUGUUUUUUAUUACCAGGCAUAACUUUUGAUUUUUCUAUAUGUAUAUCUCUACAUGUAAACUUGCCAAGCUGUUCAAUUAACAGCAUAGCCUUUAAACUAAACAGCUCCAUUUAACUAGCGGCUGAUUAACUCAUACAAUCUUGUUAUUUGAAUUCUGAUGACAUCUGGGUAUUUUUUUGUGAUCAGUAAUAUGAUAAAGAGUAAUACAGGUAGGGACAGGCUCAUGUGGUAGAUUUGGAGUUACCAUUAUUAUUUUCAAUGUCAUUUGUUUUACAGUAUGAGAACAGUUAACAAACAAAAAUGUGUAGUGACAAUAAAUUACUGAAACCAUAUGACAUCUGAUUGCUCUAAGAAAAAUUUUAGACUACAAAUUUACCUUGCCUAAAUUACUUCCUGACUUAUUAUUUAA